GAGGGAGGGCUCUAUGAAGAGGGCACAGCGAGCUGUGAAUAUUGUUCGGUGUGAAGUUGAGUAAAUUACUGUAUGGCUGCAGAUCUCAAGGGAAGUGAUUCCCUUUCAAAUCACGCCUUCUGCUUUAUUUUCGGUGCGUUAAACACUGCUUAAACGGCUCCUGGACUAUCAUCAAAACGUUAUGUACAACUAUCACAUGAUGCUGCAUUGUAUGCCAAGUUGUAACUUCAGGCUAUAGGGAUGGCGUCUUCCGGAUAGUGUGAAAUCGCGGAGGCUCUAAUUGAAGGCAUUUCUUCAUAAGUGUUUGAUGCAUAAUAGACGUGGAAAUCAGUAAGUUGUGGAGGAAGGCAACCGCACACAUGUUGCAACUAAGCGCAACUUUCGAUUUGCAGCAGGAUGUGGUGUCAAGUAUAUUUAAGAAAGAGGCGACUGUAGGAAUAAUCAAAGAAUACUCAGGGAUCGUUGACACUCGGAUCCUCAACAUUGAAAGGGAUGGAGGAGUCCUCUACUCCUGGAAAGGGGAAACAGGGACCACCAGGAUCGGGAAAUACGACCCCAAUACCAGACAGAAUAAGCUCCUCUACACAUUUGACAAGCAGGUGUGUGUCAGCAGCUGUUCUCUGAAUAAGGAGGAGACUCUGCUGGCGGUCAGUUUGGCACAGAGGACAAGAACAGAGGAGCGCCUCAGACCAGUUUCAAAAUGUCUGACCCUCCUCAUUGAGAUCCAUCCCAUUAACAACACUAAGGUCCUGAAGGCUGUCGACUGCCGGGUCAGAGUUCAGUUCCUCCAUCCAGACACAGAGAGGGACUCAGUGCUGGAGAGUCACCUGCUGCUGGUAGCAGAAGAUGGCUAUGUGGAGCAUCUCCAUGUAAUGCUGGUCAGACAAGAGGGUUACAGAGUGGUGAUGUUGAACCCAGACUGCCUGGCCAGAGACAGGGUGGCAGAGGAGUUCAGCUGGGUCCAGUGGGACAGCCAGACACAGAGACUCUUCUACCUCACACACAGGGAAAAAGCUGUGCUGAAAUGUGUGCAAUUCUGCCAAGACCACAACUGUGAGACCUUGUUUGAGCUUGUCCUGGAGUUGCCCUCUAACCCUUUCAGCUGUAUGAGGUUUGUUAACCUGGGCUUUGACCAUCACCAAGAGACGCAGCAGGAACGGGAGGAGAUGAGGAUGGUGGUGAUCACCAAUAACACAGGCAGUAUGUGUGUGUGUUACAGCCAGCCUGCUUGUGUCAACCAGGAGAUCACAUACACCAUAGUCCUGGUGCACAGAGGCUGCAGUAAAACGUUCUCAGUGGCUCUGGAUGGCACCUCUAGUCCAUGUAGUACAGAUCUCCUCCCUCUCUUCAUCCCUAUAGGUUACUACGUGGUAGUCUACCUGUCUGGUCACUUCCUGCACUGCAUCAACACCAGGCAACAGGAGCUGCUCUGCCACAGCCUCUUCCUCUCAGGUGUUGAUGCAGAGCUGGGUGUGUUGGGAUCAGACAGUGUGGUGUUGUCUCUACCCGAGUCCUCUCUGCUGGACCUGAACACAGGCAGGAUGUACACUGUAGACCUCAACCCCUCCUUCCUAAUGGACCUACUGCACUGCAGCCACAGGAGACCUGAUGCUCAACGCCUGGCUGCCCUGCACUGUCUGCUGCUCUACAUGGGAUCCAACGCUGCACUAGAACUGAAGAUCAUAGAUUGGAUCUGUGACAAUGUCAUGCCGUUCGACACCUUCGAUCAAAUUCAGGAAUUUAUUCUGGCGUCACUGUACAGGAUCAUCUAUAAGAAGUGUCUCAGUCUGGAUGAAGUCCUACCUUACUCCUCUGUGUUUGAGAAGAAGAAGGUACCUGAGGCUCUAGACCAGGUCCCCGGUGUCACCUGCACCACAGAGCUCCAUGCUGAACCGGUGUUCAAAGGAAAGGCCAGGAGUCUCCAGGGUUAUUGGGAAGAGCUGCAGUGGAGCACAGAAAAGAUGAAGUACUUUGAGGCAGUUCCAAACCCACGAUACAGAGCAUCUCAGAACCUGCCAGACUGGACCAAGCUGCUCACUACCCUGAAGUCAAAGAACAAGAAGGCUUCUAACUAUCUACGUCACAUUGAGGAGAACACUAAACAAGUUCUGUCGAUGGUGGACAGCUGGAAUCUUGAUGGUGGACAAGCUGAGAGAGCACCUCAACAGACACCUGCCUCGUCUGGGGAAGAAGAAGAUCGACGUGCUGGUGGUGAACUACGUGGCCAAGCUGCUGGAGCUGAUCAGUUUGCAUGCUGGAGUCUGUGUUGGCUAAAGUACAAACUAGGCCCUCUGGUGCUGUGCUUAAAGCAGCAGGGGAGUUCAGCAGAGUGGGCCGUGUUUCACGUGAUGUGUCGGAUACUGGAGGCUACAAAGACUCUGUGUCUCCCCCUCCCUCCUGGGUAUCACACUCUACUGUCCGUGUUGGGGCUUCGCUGUCUCCCCAGACACACCUUCCUGCAGUACGUUGACCAUGGUGUGCUGCAGCUCACCGAGACCUUCGUCUCACGACUCAUGACAGAUCUAGACAACAGUGAUGCCAACGAGGAGCUGAAGUUCAGCAUUCUGAAGAGACUACCAGAGCCCAUGGAGCAGAGGAGCUGUCACCUGUGGGAUCACCCCAUCAGUUCAGCCUGUAUCUCCAGAGACUAUGUCAGAGGCCUGCUGGAGAAACACGCCAAAACCAAAGGUUCUAUGUUCAUGGAGAGAGACGAGCCUGGCUUCAGGCCUGAGUUCCUGCCUCUCACCUUCCUGACCAAAAUUCUGUUGGAUGUGGAAGACCGAGCUCUGAACCCUUUUGAGGAGCAGGAGAAUGUGGAUGCCAGGUUUGUGGAGGAGACGGCUCUGAAACAGACUCUGAUCCUGAUGGGCUUCCAGGACAAGUGAUGGAGGGAGAGACCGAGGUGAAGGGAGGUGAAGAAAGAGGGGGAGCAGGUCAAGGCUCCAAGUUUUCACUCAACACUCCAUAUUCCACUAGUACUCAGUGAGCGGGGACUGUGUCAGAGUUCAGGGACUGUUUGAAAUUACACUUUAAAUGUUGAUCACUCAAUAUUCCAAUACAUGAGAAUCUAUGAAAAUACAUCAGAUUCUGAUGAACAAUGGGUCUGGUGACAAUAGUCAUCGGUUAAGCAUUCAUUUGACAGAUUUAUAUUUCUGCCCUCUCUGCCUGUUUCUCAACCCUCCCACACAGACCAGAUGGAUGAGGCUCUUACAGUAAGAAGGGAAGGUGUCUGAAUUUCCACAACGUGUGUCCUGUAUGAUGCCUGUAUAUUUCCAUUUCAGAGGAACUGAAGCAUGGUUAGAUUUCAGGAAUAACACCGUUAUGUGGAAUCCAGGAAAUGUGUUGAUCAGGUACAAUAAUAAACAGGAAAAGGGAUUUUUGUUGUCAUGUUUACACGUGUAAAAGCCAUGUUGUAUCAAUGAAACGCAAAAUAAAAUAUUUGUUGUCAUGUUUACACGUGUAAAAGUCAUAUUGUAUCAAUGAAACACAAAAUAAAAUAAUUGUUGCAUGUUUCUAACAA